AUGUCAAUAAAGGUAUUGUCGUCGCUUGAUGCAGCACGAACACAAUGGUACCAUUUCAAAGCGAUUAUAAUCGCAGGAAUGGGACUAUUCACCGACGCUUACGACCUCUUCUGCAUCGCACCGAUCAUGAAAAUGAUAAGCCAUAUUUAUUACCACGGUGACUCCAUCAGCACACCAGUUCUCUCCAUCUCUUACGCCAUCGCUCUCCUCGGGACAGCGACGGGUCAACUCGUGUUCGGUUACCUCGGGGACCGAGUUGGUCGUCGCAGAGUCUACGGGUUUUGUCUCAUCAUCAUGAUCCUAAGCUCUUUUGGUUGUGGCUUCUCCGUGUGCACGACUCGUAGGUCUUGCGUUUUGGUCAGCCUCGGUUUCUUUCGGUUUAUUCUCGGUUUGGGUAUUGGUAGUGAUUACCCUCUCUCGGCUACCAUCAUGUCUGAGUUCGCGAAUAAGAGGACACGUGGCUCCUUUAUAGCUGCCGUGUUCUCCAUGCAAGGGUUGGGAAUUCUUGUGAGCUCUGCCGUGACGAUGGUUGUUUGCGUCGCGUUUAAAAACAUUGGCGGCGAUUCGAAGGCGGAUGGGGAGGCUCCGGCUGAAGCUGACGUGGCGUGGAGGCUGAUACUUAUGAUCGGUGCUCUUCCUGCUGCACUGACCUUAUACUGGCGAAUGUUGAUGCCAGAAACCGCAAGAUACACAGCACUGGUGGAAAAUAAUAUCGUCCAAGCAUCAAAAGACAUGCAAAAAGUCAUGUCAAUAUCUGAUAUCUCCGUCGAAACAACGACGGAGCCACCUCCCCCUCCGCCGCCUUCAUACAAACUCUUCUCCACUCGCUUCCUUCGCCUCCACGGCCGCGACCUCUUUGCCGCAUCCGCUAACUGGUUCCUAGUAGACGUCGUCUUCUACACAAGCAACUUCCUCCUCUCCCAAAUUUUCACUAACUACUCCUCUAAACCUUCUUCCUCCGCAACCAAAAACGUCUACGACGCAGCCUUCGAAGUGUCGAAACUAGGAGCCAUCGUCGCCGCUUGCUCCACCAUUCCCGGUUACUGGUUCACGGUUUUCUUGAUCGACAAGGUAGGUCGUGUCAAGAUCCAGCUUAUGGGGUUUUUCUUCAUGGCCGUUAUUUAUUUAGCCGCGGGUAUACCGUACACUUGGUAUUGGUCAACGCAUGAGCAGAUAAAGAAAGGCUUCAUGAUUCUCUACGGUUUGGUUUUCUUCUUUUGUAACUUUGGUCCCAACACUACAACUUUUAUCAUUCCCGCAGAGCUUUUCCCGGCUAGGUUUAGGUCGACUUGCCACGGGAUAUCUGGAGCCGCAGGUAAGCUUGGGGCUAUUGUGGGUACUGUUGGGUUCUUGUGGGCUACGAAGAAAGUAGAAUAUGGCGAUGAUAAGUACCAGUUUUAUCCUGAUGCGAACCGUAUGAGAAUUGCUUUCUUGAUUCUUGGUGGAGUUUGCAUUGCUGGAAUCUUUGUCACGUAUUUCUUCACGAAGGAAACUAUGGGAAGAUCGUUAGAGGAGAACGAAUACGAACAAGAAUGA